AUGACACAAAACGAGAAGACAAGACUCUUGAAACUUGGUGACGAGUUGCACAAAAGAGUUGUUGUGCAUGAUAUUUUGAGAAGCAGAAGUUUGUCUUUCAUCAGACAAAUAACAACCAAGUCAUUUAUGUUCCUUGGGUCAAGUGGUAUUGGCAAGACAGAAAUUGCAAAAACAUGUGCAGAUAAGCUUUUUGACGACUAUAACAACAACGUCAGAAUUGACACGAGUGAAUACAUGAAGUCGCACGGCGUUUCACGAUUGAUUGAAGCGCCACUGGAUAAUGUUGGACACGACAAAAAUGGACAACUGAUAGAGACAGUCAUAAAGAAUACAUACAGCUUUGUUCUCGUCUCACAUGAUGGAAAAAGAAGAACAGUUUACGUCAUGCACAUGGUUGACUUUUUUACAUACACACUUGUUGACUGUUUGUAA